CUACAUGUCAGCGUCAUGACGCGUAGUAUUUCGCAAUGGCGACAAGGAAAUACUUACAUGUCUCUUUGUAAAAGUGUCGAACUACUAUGACUGUAAAGGGAUAUGAUCAUCAGUACGACCGGUAGCUAUUUGCAGAUCUACAAACAGUGCAAAUUCUGACUGACAUUGGUCUCAAUCAAGUAUUUUAUGAUGAGCAUGACGGAGAAAUCUUCGGACUGCACUGGCAUGCAUGGCCGCUAGCAAAGUAGCAGUAGCAUAGGCGCAGGCUAUCGCCUACCGGCUAGGCUCGGCUAAGAAAUCUUGGCUCACGUCACUAGACUAUGUUCUAUGCAUGCUCAACCUCAAGCCCGGCAAUGCAAACUACGAAUAUUUGAGUCGCAUCAGCUGAUUAACGAACUUCAGUAGCCAUGGAUAGUGCAGUAGGUUUCACCAUAAAUAGCUUUGUCUUUGUUGAUUUGGAAACCAGCCAUCUAGAAAGUUGUGAGCGGCCAAAAAUCAUUGAAAUGAGUCUGUUUGCGGUCCACCGCACCGGACUUCUUCACCCGGCUGUCCUUUCGUCAAUAAAUGGGGCAAGGAGAGAGGACGCAACGUACGAUCUGUCUAAGGUAUCGUUGCCAAGAGUUGUUGACAAAUUGACUCUUUGCUUGGAUCCCCGAAAGCAGACAAGUGCACAGACAUUUUUGCUCACCGGGUUGGACAACCUCAAUCUUGGCGAGAGCAAGAAGAUGUCCCUCGAUGAAGAUACGAUCUCCAUGCUGAAUAUUUUCCUGAAGCGACAAGAGGGGCCAGUUUGUCUGGUUGCGCACAAUGGGAAAAGAUUUGACUUCCCAUGUUGCGAACAGAACUCCAGGCUGACUGCAGAGGAACACACACACUACACCAAAGUUCUGCAAGAAUCCUCAAGAUUGAAGGAAGCAGACUGCACUGAAGAAGCAGAAGCAGAAGAAGUGUUUGAGGAUCUUUUUUGUGCAGACUCCUUGGAGGGCUUCAGAGCUAACUUUGCAACUGAGACAGAGGUCAAGCAGGAUGAGGAGCCAUUCUCACUGAAAAGAAAAUUGCCAGAAUGUGAUGUUUCAACUGGAUGGCCUUACUCAGAAAAAAGAGGAACAAAUCUGUCUACCGGUAACACUUCCACUUACAGUGAGAGCAGAGUCUCUGUUUCUAGUGCUGCUGCUGUGACAGAAUCUAACGAAACUUCAAUGAACUGUCCUACCAUUUUGGCAAGUUCACAUCAUGAAUCAUCUUCAUCAUCAUCGAUUCAACCGCAAACCUCUGAAGAUCUAGGUGCUUCUACACAGCCCUCUAUACCAACCCUAGAUCCCAUUUCUCCUCACAUUACUGCAACUACUACUACUACUACUACUACUACUACUACAGAGUACAGUUCCAGUACCUCUUCUGAUAACACACCCGAACGGACCCUCACUAAACGCCCAUCCCCUCCCCCACCCCCAAGAAAAACAAAUCAGCACUACCACACCAAGUCCCCCAAAAUCUCAUAUUCUCUCAUCAACAUCUUUAAGAGAACAUUCGGAAGGGAACCUCCAAAUUCUCAUUCCGCUGAAGACGACGUUGCAUCUUUGAUCAAGGUUCUUCUUCCGAGAGUGGAGGAGUUUGUAAACUGGGCGGACGUGCAUGCUGUACAAUACAAGGAUAUUGGGCUUUAUUACAAGCCUCUCAAGCCCAGACGGAAGUUAUUUGAUGACUGAUUGUCAUAACUUAUGACUGUCAAACAAUAUUUAUAAAUGUAUUCAUACCUUUAAAGUUAACAAAUCUCAAAUCAUUAUGAAGUGCUGUGGGAGCAACCAAAUAAUUUAUGAUGUGUCAUAAUUUUGAAUAAACGUAUAAAGUAUUUACA